ACGUUUGAUAAGAAUCAAGAUUAUUUUAUAUCAAGAGAAGGGUUUCCUCGUUUUUUUCAUUAAAAAAAAUGAGAAAUUGACAAAUUGGCGCUAUAUUUUAUUUAUUCAAUAUAUCGCAAUAUACUUUUCGAGAAAUCGUCAUAAAACAAUGACGAUAUUCAAAUUGAUCUAAAUUUUACUAUCACACAUAAAAUAUUACAAAAUUAAUAGUAAAAACGAGAUUUGUAUAAAUUAUAUAUAUUUUCUGUUAUUCCGCUUUUGCUGUAAAAUGUGUGUGUGGACAAUCUUAAACUUUUAUAACUUAAAGAUAUUAUGCAUUUUUACUUUCGUCGAAUUAUGCAUUAUGGCAUUCUUGAUACUUUUGGUGAGAAAAUAUCAUUUUUUAUCUUACUUAGAAUCAAUUUCCAAUUAUAUGUUUAUUUCAGCAAUUCAGUUUCAACGAUCCCGAGAUGAAAUAAAAAAUGUAGAAAAUGUUUUAUCAGACGUUGAAAACAAGACUCUGUUCUGUCGAGAUCGAUACAAAUCUAUAAUAGCAGGAUUGAAGAAAGACGUUCAUAAAACGGAAGUAGAGAUGAAGAUGUUGAUGGACCAUGUUUCUAGAUUGUGUUUCCAACGAGAAGAGCUUACUAGGAACGAAAUAUUAAAAGUGCGAAUCAUUCAACUAAUGUUUGGAACAAUAGAUUGAUUUUAUGAUCGUACGAAACAUAAAAAUACUGAUUACUGCUAACAUCUUAACUGUUUGCUGGGUGUCCUGUAUAAUGUAAAAAUGCAAGUAAAAAGUGUUAUU